AUGGCGAGUUCCGACAUUAUGGAAGAAAAACGUUUAGAAACGGUAAGGUUACUGCUAAAAGUUCUCGUAUCAGACAUAAAUAAACAAGAUAAAUAUGGAAGAACUGCUCUACAUUAUGCAGCUGUACACGGUUUGCCAAAAGUCGUGGGAUAUUUAGUAAACGCAGGAGCUGACUGGAGUAUGAAAGAUCAAAGGGGUGACACUGCCUUGGAAUUUGCAUUGCGAGAAAAGUCUCGUUUAGAUACUAUAACUGUUCUUCCAUGCCGGUUGACAAGUGAUCAAGUGUUUCGCGUAUGUCAGAGCACCCGAUUUGAUGAAUUAGUAAAUUAUCUGUUACAGAAUGCAACCAUUAAGAAAUGUGAUACGAGAGCUAAGAAUUUAUUGCGUGGUUUGCUACGCCACCAGUUACCUUUAAGCCUGUACGCAUUGUUCAAGUCUGGACUUGAUGUGAACUGUGCACAUGAACACUUUAUUAAAGAGUGUUUAAUAUCGCCAAACGAUAUCGAGUCCUGGUUUCGGGUUCAACAACUUGGCGAGGUCCUGGAAGUUUUUAAAAUUUUUCAAAUGAAUGUAGAGGUGGCCUGUGACGUCCCUUUUGCACAAUCCGAGUUACACCUCAUGGCGUAUUUAAGAACAUUUCCGUUUUUGGAAGUUGGGAAUCUUUUCCAACCGUCAGUCAACGGUAUUCCAUUUCCACUUCAAAGAUUAAUUGCGAGUCAUCCCAAAAGUGUUGAAAUUUUAAACGAAUGUUAUGACAAGGAAGGGUAUUUAGCAAUCCAUCGAGCAGUGCAGGGUACAAACUUGCCUGCAGUCUCCUGGUUCAUUGAAAUUGGAGCUGAUGUUUCUAAGAAAACGAAAUCUAAUUUGACUGCCCUUGCUCUUGCUAGCGUUAACCUUGGACGCCCAAUCCAUAAUCGUAAAUAUUACCCAGAACAUAUUUUCGACAAAUUGUUAGAAAAAAUGCAAGAGAAAAAUCAUUCUGUUUUUCAAUGUAACACCGAGCACGUUGACUUGUCACCACUUCACCUUGCGGGGAGUCGCGGAAUGGCGGUGGUGGAGAUGGUUCACCGCAAGAUACCAGCAUUACCAUUAAAUUGCACAAACAGUCAUGGCAUUCAGCCUAUCUACUUAGCAUAUCUCUACAGUGCGACAGAAGAAGGAUUCCAGAAUCUAGGACUGUCACUUGAUAAAGAACCUUCAAAUUAUCCCGAACGCGAGGCAGAAUAUCAUCUGAUUUACAACCAGUUUUACCGUACACCGCAAGAAGACUUGAGAAACAUGCUCAACCACGAAGGUUUAUUUGAAUGUCCAGGUAUAAACGAGAUGCUUCCCAAUAAAACAAAAAUAAAGGAAUAUAUAAAGAUAAAAACAUGUCCCACACGCUGCUGGCGAUUCGCAUUUGAAGCUAGUCGUGAAUUUUCGUCGAAUUUUCCUUAUGUUGACAUUCAUAACUUUAUUUCAAAUCCUUUUACUGAUAAAUUCCUAGAUAUUGCACAUCACAUGGCUGAGUUACGGUUCCACUUGGUAAAAAUGUUUCAUUUUAGUUCAUUUCAUUCCAUUUCGAUUUCUACUCUGGAGAAAGAACUAUGGAGAAAAGUAA